UAAAAGCAUCAAACUUUCAUUAACCCCAAUUCAUAAACUUUUUCAAAACCCACCUCUUUCUUCUUCUUCUUCUUCUUCUUCCCAAAACCAAAACCUCCAUUGAAAGAACAUAAAAAACCGACCACCAUUUUCCAUCCAUGGAUCCCCCUCACCCUCCUCUUCCCACCCCCACAUCAACCGCACCCACUGCCGGUGCCGGUUCCGUUGCCGGUGCUGGUGCUGGUGUCGGCGCCGGCCCUGGGGCCUCCACUGUCACCACCAUUCAACUCAAUUAUUCUGACUCUGUAGACUCGUCUCCUCGUUCACGCAAUGCAGAGACCUGGGUCGACGACAAUCUUCCUCAAGUCCCAGGUGCAAAGCUCCGUCUAAUGUGCAGCUAUGGCGGCCACAUCAUCCCUCGUCCACACGAUAAGUCGCUCUGCUACGUCGGCGGUGAGACACGCAUAGUCGUCGCCGAACGCCAUUCUAGUCUUUCGGAUCUCUGUGCGCGGCUCUCUCGGACCCUUCUCAAUGGACGACCUUUUACCCUCAAAUACCAGCUGCCCCGUGAAGAUCUCGACUCGCUGAUUUCGGUCACCACCGAUGAAGAUCUUGAGAAUAUGAUCGAAGAGUACGACCGUACGGUCUCAGCCUCGCCGUCGAAACCAUCUCGCCUGCGUUUGUUCCUUUUCUUCUCUAAGCCUGAAACCACAGUUUCCAUGGGAGCUUUGCUUGACGAUGCUAAGUCCGAGACUUGGUUUGUCGACGCGCUUAAUGGGUCUGCGUAUCUUCCUAGAAAUCUCUCUGACUCUGCAACAAUGGACUGCUUGUUGAGCCUCGAUGCUGUUCGUGGAAAUGACUCUUCGAAUGAUUUGGAAGCUCAAGGUGAUCAUUUCUUGGGGGAUAGUAACAAACAGGUGACGAAGAAUGUGCAUGACUUGCAUAAUAUGCCGGAUUCACCAAUGGUGGAGAACACUUCUUCAUUUGGCUCAUCUUCUUCUUCGCCUUCAAUGUCAAAUUUGCCACCUAUUCGGGUUCGGGUUGAUGAUAAUGUAGCUGGAUCACAGCAGGAUCAGAAGGUUGGGAUAGAGGAACAGUUUGCACAGAUAAGUUUUGCUCCACCUUCACAUCCUACGGCCAUGGCAGCUGCUUCUUCUGGGACUGUAAUAUCAACCGCUCAGAUCAACACCAUGGCUGUUUCUGGAGAAAAUAUGAAUAGGGUUUUCUCCGACGACGAGAGAUCCGAUCACGGCGCACCAGUUGCGUUCAGAAAGCCUCCAUUGCCAUUGCAGCCUGUGCAAGUACAAAAGCCUGGUGGUUUUGGCUUGCCUUCUCCGGAUUCAAUAGCAAGUGAUAGCAGUAUUGCCUCUGCAACCUCUCUGUCAAAACCAACGUACUAUCAUCAAGAACAAGUUCAUGUCCAACCCAGAGAAGUCAGAGGUCCUGCUAGCCCAAGUACAAUGAGUGAUAAUUCUGAUGUGGGUUCUGGUAAUUUUGUUCAUCAAGUAAAGGAAUCUGGGUAUGUAAUUCCUCCACAAUUAGAUCAACAACAACAACAACAACAGCCACAACAGCAACAAUUUGUCCAACAGCCACAACAGCAACAAUUUGUCCAUGCCGGCACCCAAUUUAUCCACCACCCAGCCACAGGACCAGUGCCAAUCUCAUCUUACUACCCCAUCUAUGCCUCUCAAGCACAGCAACAAUAUCAUCACCCAAUUGAUCAGCAAUAUCCAGUCUAUGUAAUGCCAGCUCCACAGAAACAACCCUAUAAUAUGGCAGAAACGACCGUUGUUUCUUCGAGCCGGCCACUACCUUCUCCAAGUCCUCCAAUUGUUCCUACCUCUGCGACUUACAAGGAUGGUAUUCCUCCUGUUUACCCAACAAAGACAGCUUCCCCUGCUGUUCCUGAAAUGGGUUCGAAUACCUUGUACAAAACGCCUGUGAAUUCAACUCCUCCUCCUCCUUUAGUCCAGAUUCCUCCUCAAACCCAAUUUCAGCAACAGUAUGUGGGUUAUACUCAGAUGCAUCAUCAUCCAUCGCAGUCCAUUGCUGUUGCUUCCUCUGCUGCUGCUAAUUAUGGUUUUGAAUAUGCCAACCCUUCACAUGAACAAGUUUACUACACACAACACCCAGCUACUCCUUUGCCUUCUCAGUAUCAGACUUUGACUCCUGCAGCCGCCGCAAUUGCGUUAUCAGAUGCAGCAAAACAGCCGCCUACAGAUAACACCCAGCAGAUCAGAACCUCUCAACCAUUAUAAGCAAAAUGGGGAAGAAAAAUAUUGGCUGGGUAAAAGUUGGUUAUUUGCACCUUUAUUAUUAUUAUUAUUUAUUUAUUGUUCUUUGUUGUUUCAAUGUUAUGGUAAUAAGGGACAGUUUUUUUUUUUUUUUUCUUUUACCCUAAAGUAUCAUAUGUAACAUGUUCUUCCUACCUACUGUUUGUAUGUUAACGUGUAACAGUUACAGUGAAUAAAUGUAAAAACGUUGGGAAAUCCUUUCAUCAAACAAAAAAAAAAAAAAAAAAAAAAG